AUGGCACUCCGCAUCAGUACCCGCAGUUGCACUUGGCACCACCUCCUAGCAUCAUACAAGGGCCCAAGUGUAAACUCCUUCAAGCACAGGGGAAUCCCUUUUGUGCAUUGUCUAAGGACCCUCACUAGCGUGAACAAGCAGAUCGCGGGGAAGACACAUGUGAAUUAUUUUAUAAGUCAAGAGAAGAGUGCCCUGUCCACUUCUUCAAACGUACAACUGAACGAAGGCAAUUCUGAGGAUUACCAAAGUGAUGGAGAAAGCGACAGAUUAGUUCUGAAUGAUAAUGAUGAGGAUGAGUCUGAUGAAGGUGAAGAUUUGCAGGUGGAAGUGGGCACUGCGAUUGGCGUAACGAAGCAAGGCAUCACCACGGAAGGGGAAGUUGAUCGGAAGGUAGGGUGUACCCACUUGGGUGGAAAUAUCCCUACCCAUGAACAGAGCUGUGGAAGCCAAUCGAAUAAUGAAACCGCCCACUUGAGGAAAAGGAACAAGUACGACCCUGACACGGUAGUGAUGUAUAACGACGUAACCGAAUUACCACCCAACAUGUGCACGCCCCUCCUAAGCGAAGAAGAAAUAGAACAAGUCAACUCGGGGGGUGGUGAGUCCUCCUUGGAGAAGUAUUCAUGUACCGUUGUUUAUGGUAAGAAGAUGCGCUCAUAG